AUGUCUCUACGCACUUUUGGCAUUCUCUCGCUUUUGUCUGGUCUUACCUCGGCCGAUGGCCUGUCAGCUCGUGCCAAAGCUGUCGGUAAGCUAUACUGGGGUACCGCCGUCAACCCAACAGUCCUCAAUGAUGCUACCGCCAAGUCUAUAGCUACCAACAGUCAGGACUUUGGGUCUUUCACCUGCGAAAAUGAGAUGAAGUUUGAUGCCACUGAGCCAUCUCGGAAUACUUUCACGUACACCAAUGCCGAUACCAUCGUGUCCCAGGCCACAAGUACUGGCCAAAGUAUGCGAUGUCAUACUCUCGUGUGGCAUAGUCAACUUCCAUCAUGGGUGACGAGCGGCGGUUUUGACAACGCAACCAUGAUUUCGAUCAUGAAAAAUCACAUUACUAAUGUGAUGACUCACUUCAAGGGCAAGUGCUAUGCCUGGGAUGUUGUGAACGAGGCUCUGGCCGAAGACGGAUCGUACCGCACGUCGAGCCCAUGGUACCAAGCCAUUGGUCCCGCUUAUAUCCCAAUCGCAUUUGCACAUGCCGCCACUGUCGAUUCGUCUGCCAAGUUGUACUACAACGACUACAACUGUGAUGUUCCUGGAUCCAAGGCCACUGGCGCGCAGAACCUCAUCAAGACAGUCAAAACCUAUGGUGCAAGAAUUGACGGUAUGGGAUUCCAGGGCCACAUGAGCGUUGGCAGUGUUAGCCAGACAAACUUGGUCACAAACCUUAACGCUUUCGCCGCCUUGGAUGUCGAGGUAGCCUAUACGGAGCUCGACAUCAACACUGCGUCCCCACAGACAUCGGCGACCCUCGAGCAGCAAGCCAAGGACUAUGCUAGCGUCGUUAACGCCUGUAAGGCUGUUUCCAAGUGCGUCGGCAUAACCCAGUGGGGGCUCGCCGACAAAUAUACGUGGAUCUCUGGCGGAGCCCCAUUGCCAUGGGACAGCAGCUUGAACAAGAAGCCGGCUUACACGUCUGCACUCAACGCUUGGAGUACAGCAACUGCGGCGCCUACCACCACCCUGACCACCACCACGACUGCAGCGACGCCAACAACGACUUCAGGAGGAGGAAGUGGCUGUACUGUGGCCAAAUAUGGUCAAUGCGGAGGCAGUGGCUACACGGGAUGUACCACUUGUGCCAGCGGAUCAACGUGUACUUUCGGCAAUGCCUACUAUUCGCAGUGCCUUUAG